AUGGAUGGAUUUGUGUGGAUGCAUUACUGUCAGAAAUUUUUUCUUCAAGGAAGGUUCAUAUUUGGACUAGAUGUGAGAUCACUGGCGCUGACAAUCUUUCUUAUUGUUGCUCCUGUCACAGUUUUCUGUGUCUUUGUUGCCAGAAAACUGAUGGAUUCUUUUUCUGACCACUGGGGGAUAUCCAUAAUGGCUGUUGCUGUUGUGUUCACAGUUUAUUUUGGACUGUGGUUGGCAAUGGGUGCCAAUGUGGGUAGAUCCUUUAAGAUUGAUGCAGUUGGCUAUGAUGAUAUUCAUUUUAUGCAAUGUGAGGUCUUGGUUCUUCCUUUGUUAACAUCUGGCCGAGAUCCAGGCAUAAUUCCACGCAACGCACAUCCUCCAGAGCCAGAAGGUUUGGAUAGUAAUCUAGUUGUUGGUGCUGGACAGACUCUCAGUUGCGGUUGCCUUGGUUUAAGGAGGUUGAAGUCGAUGGCAUUCCAAUUAAGUCAAACUACUUAUGAAAACUUCAGAUACCGAUAUGACCGGCAAGCCAAUCCAUAUAACAAAGGAGUGUUGAAUAAUUUCAAGGAGAUAUUCAGCAUCAGCAUUCCCCCAUCGAAAAACAAUUUCAGGGCAACAGUGCCAAAAGAACCAGCACUACCUACUCGAUCGGUGGGUGGAGGGUAUAUGAACCAAAACAUAGGCAAAGCUGGGGAGGACACAGAGAUGGGAAGGAAAACAGUAUGGGACAUUGCUGCUGGAAUUGAUGAUUCUGAAGCUCAAUUAAACAACAAUCGUGUCGCAGUAAAGGAUGGUGAAUUGUCUCCUGAAAUCAGGACAACAGUAGACGACACAGACCGGGCUGCAAUGCAUCCUAGGCGAUCUAGCUGGGGAAGAAAAAGUGGAAGCUGGGAAAUGUCCCCUGAAGUUUUGGCUUUGGCAGCCAGGGUGGGGGAACCAAACCGUGUCACGGGAGACAGCAGUAGUAGCUUGACACAUGAGAAUCGUCUUGCUUCAGUGCAACACAGAUUGACUGCAAAAGGAAUUCUUGGAAGAGUAAGUUCUGGUGAGAUAUUCAUAGACUGCAGAGCUUCUUUAGUUGGUUGA